AUGAGGAGAAGUUUUUGGGAAGGGAAUUUGGAAUCUGAAAAUUUCGGGACUUCAGAAUCUGAGAAUCUCAGAAUCUCAGAAUUUCAGAACUUCAAAAUCUCAGAAUCUCAGAACUUCGGAACUUCAAAAUUUCAGAACUUCAGAAUCUCAAUAUUUCUGAAUUUUCAAUAA